AUGAACUUUUCCUUAGUACAGAAAACCGAAAUGUUCUCAGAGUUUAACUUGCAUUUUCUUCGGGUAAACAAUUUUCUCCGAUACUGCAUGACCACCAGAGAACUAGUUUAUCGGGAUCACUGUGAGGCUCACCUGCCGUUCUUGCGGCCUCUGUUGGAAGUCAUGCUGCAGCCAGAAUGCAACUGUUUCUUCCUGACGCUCUUGGGAGCCCGACCAGACGGUCAGAGAUACCAUACCGAUAACUAUUUUGAAAAUUAUUGCGGCGGCCCGCGCCCAAGCGACCUGGUCUCCGUGGCCUACUUGGAAGCCGACGAGGCUAUGGUUGGUGGCGAGCUCGUGGUUCUCAAGGUCUCGGCUGACGAGACGGGCCCAGUUCGUCACGGAAGUGAAGCAGAGGGACAG